GCGGCUCCUCCCGGACUACAUGUCCCGGCAUGCCCCGCUCCGGAGCCUCCCCGUGCGCUGUGAGCCUCAGACAGGACUGAGCUCUGCUCCUGCUGCAGACCGACCGCCCGGAGGACGCCGCUCAUACAGGAAUAAUGCUUUUUGAGAUCAUGGUUAUCCUCCUAGUCGGGGCGCUCCUUUACUAUUUCCUGUUUAGACGAAAAGAUGAGACCUUACCCAUGGGAGAUGGCUGGUGGGGCGCCGGGCCAAGAAAAAAUGACGAGAGUGAAGAGAUUCAUCCCUUCAAAAUCGAGACGUCUGAAGAAGAAUUGAAGGAUUUAUUCCGCCGCAUUGAUGAGACCCGUUUCACUGAGCCUCUUGAGGGCAGCCGCUUCAACUAUGGCUUCAACUCCAAACAUCUCAAGAAAGUGGUGUCUUACUGGAAGGAAGGCUUUAACUGGAAGAAGCAACUGGAAAUCCUGAACCAGUACCCACAUUUUAAGACCAAAAUUGAAGGUAUCGAUAUCCAUUUCCUCCACGCAAAGCCAAAAAACCUUCCGGCUGGCCGGAGAGCUAAGCCCCUCCUCAUGGUUCACGGCUGGCCCGGAUCAUUCUAUGAAUUCUACAAAAUCAUCCCCCUCCUUACGGAUCCCGCCAGCCACGGUCUCAGCGAAGAGCAUAUCUUUGAGGUGAUCUGUCCAUCUAUUCCUGGAUAUGGAUUCUCAGAAGCCUCUCACAAGCAAGGAUGUGACUCUGUCGCUGUUGCUCGGAUCUUUUACAAGUUGAUGCGGAGGUUGGGCUUCCAGGAGUUUUAUGCGCAGGGAGGGGACUGGGGAUCGAUGAUCUGCACAAUCCUUGCACAGAUUGCUCCCAGCAAUGUCAAGGGCCUGCAUCUCAACAUGGUCUUUCUGUCAAGUGGCAGUCUGACGGUGGUGCUCUCCAUAUUUCUCGGUCGGUGGUUCCCAGGGCUUUUUGGCUUUGAUCAGGAGGACCUAAGGAGGAUGUUUCCCUUUGUGAAGAAGUUUUUCUAUCAUCCUAUGAAGGAGAGCGGCUACAUGCACAUCCAAGCCACCAAGCCCGAUACUGCAGGAUGUGGACUAAACAGCUCUCCUGUGGGGCUUGCUGCUUAUAUUCUGGAGAAGUUUUCCACGUGGACCGAUCCUGACUUUCGUGACUAUGAGGACGGUGGCCUGGAGAAAAAAUACACCUUGGAUGACCUUCUAACCAACGUCAUGAUAUACUGGCUGACCGGCUCCAUUGUGUCUUCCAUGAGGCUCUACAAGGAAAACCUUGGCAAGGGACUUGGCACGGCCAAGCAUGACAAAUUACCUGUCAAGGUCCCAACUGGAAUUGCUGCCUUCCCAAAUGACCUGCUGCAUUGUCCCCGCUUGUGGGCCAAGCAGAAAUUCCUCGACAUCGUCUCCUUUAACAACAUGCCGCGAGGAGGCCAUUUUGCAGCCUUUGAGGAGCCGGAGCUUAUGGCUAAAGAUAUCCAGCAGUUUGUAAGGAAAGUGGAACAGAAGUAAAGACGCCCUCAACACUAGAGGACGGAGGCAGAAUGUAUCGUCGCUGCUGCGGGCUGUACACUGAGAACGGGCUUCUGCCCUCAUAGCACUUAGAUAAGUUUGUGUAUUUUUUUGUAGAAAUUUCUUCCGUAAAAGAAAAACCUAUUUUGAUUAAUUGUCAGAGUAAUGAACCUUGAAAAGAGGUCUUUAAGUUUGUGGCCUCUGAAGAGUAGCAUGCAGAAUCUGAAAGGUGGGAGGUAUGAAUUUUGCAGACCGAGAGAUGAAAUACGGACAUCUAUCUUCAGCUGUGCCAGACACGUGCCGCCAUAUAAGCCGCAUUCAGAUUCAUGAAAAUCACAUUCCAGACGAAAGGGAAAUUUGCUUGAAGGAUCCCAUGGGUGUUUCUCUCCCAGUUUGUGUAUGGAAAUGUUUUAAUUUUUAAGCAAUGUUCCCUACUGUCCAGAUAUAAUAUAAUGAAGGUUUUCUUCUUUCACACUACAACUCCCAGCAGUUCUGUCUAUUGCUGAUAUACAUAGACCAGGCAGAUACUGUCUCUGACACAGUUGACAUAGUGGUGGGCGCCCUCUAGUGGAGAUUUGUGCUAAUUGCCUUAAAUUGACCAUUCUCUGCAGUGGAAAGAUAGUGGGCAACCAUUUGUAAUUUGCAAUUCACUAACCGGCAGAUUUACUAUUCUGGGUUCGUGUUUCCUGCAUCUUAGACAAUAGCGAGCAAAAUACUGAAUACAGAUUCCUAUUUCAGCCACCAUUGUCUUAUAUGAACAAAGUGCAUUGCUACUAUAGGAAAUUUGCCAGUUGGUGAAGCCUAACUUCUCUGGUCUUCAGAACAUACAUUCCACUACUUUAACAUUGUAUAAAAGU